AUGGAUUGUGCACCGCUGAAUUUGGCGCAUUUUCAUGAACGGCGCUCCGAGCGCUUUAUGCGAAAUCAUCGCUAUGAAGACGCUAUAAAGGCUUUGGAAACGUCGCUAAUCUACAUGCAGGACGCUCAUAAGAGAGUCGCCCUGCCCAAAUCGAAGGAAGUGCUUGAUACCCUGACCCUCGACUUUCAACGGAAACUGCGGCAGAUUGAAAUGCGGAAAACGCAGCACGGGCUGACUAAAGUCAAGGAUUUUGUGCCACUAAAAGAGGCCAGCCCAAUGCUGCCUCUGCGGCAGGAAAACAGCGGCGGCGGCUCGUCUUCAGCCCAAUCGGUGGCAAAGGCUAUUGACAGGACAGUGCAGGAAUUCGAUGCCAAGUUCACUUCAACGGUAACAACAAAAUCUUCAACCGGAGAUUGUGAGCCCCACACAGACAUGUUGUCCAGGAGUGACCCCCAGGGAUCCGGACUUGAAGAUCAGUGUCGGAGCAGUCUUGAGCGAUCCGAGGAUCUGGAUAUGCCCUUAUUGGCACCCCUAGAGCUGCCCUCGUUCGAUUACAGCAUGUUUAGCAGCUCCUCGGCUCCAUCGUUGGCCAGUUACGCCGGCAUGGCCGAGAGUUUUCAGAAAUAGAUUCAAUUUUGUGAUUAAAAUAGUAUUAAUUUUUAAUUUA